GGAGCGGCGGUGGGCGGCCGGGUGGGACCGCGCCGGGGACAUGCACCUGACAGGCAGCACGGCGGCCGCACUGCGGCGGCCCCCGCGGCGGCGACGGGCGCCGCGGCCGCCACCGCCGCGUCGCCCGACAGCGCCGCGGGCUCCGUGCUGGCCGACACCUACACCAAGAUGACGUCCGACAUCCUGGCCGAGCGCACCCUCGGCGACUUCCUGUCCGAGCACCCGGGCGAGCUGGUGCGCACCGGCAGCCCGCACUUCGUCUGCACCGUCCUGCCGCCGCACUGGCGCUCCAACAAGACGCUGCCCGUCGCCUUCAAGGUGGUGGCCCUGGGCGACGUGCUCGACGGCACCUUGGUGACGGUGCGCGCGGGCAACGACGAGAACUUUUGCGCCGAGUUGAGGAACAGCACCGCCGUCAUGAAGAACCAGGUGGCCAAGUUCAACGACCUGCGCUUCGUCGGCCGCAGCGGCAGAGGCAAGAGCUUUACGUUAACCAUCACGGUGAGCUCGUCCCCGCCGCAGAUGGCGACGUACUCAAAGGCCAUCAAGGUGACGGUGGACGGCCCCCGGGAGCCCAGGUCCAAAACCAGGCAGCAGCAGCAGUUCCACGCUUUCGCCUUCGGCCAGCGGCCCUUCCUCUCGGGCCACUUCGGCGGGCCCCUGGACCCGCUGCAGCGUGCCGCCGCCGACCCGCUCACCUUCCGCAUGCCGGCCAUGACCAACUGCCAGAGUGAGUACGGGCUGCCCCACCAGCAGCAGGCCUUCCUAGGUGCGUUGCCCCACCGGCCGACGGCCGCCCGCCCGCCGCCCGCCUCGCUGGCGCGGCGCUUCGUGGCGCGUUGCGGCCCACUGGCA